AUGACAAGUGUUUGGAAGUAUCUUACGGACUUGUAUGCUGCUCAAUCAACUGCUUGUGUUAAGAUCAUAUAUCAACAGAGAGCAGAUGAUGCUGCUGAAACUGCUGAAGUUAGAACAGAGGAUGCUGUGAAGGCUGAUAAAGCAAGAAGAAAAGAAGUUCGACGGCCGAGCCUUCUUGUUUGGAUUGAGAGGAAGAGGCUGAUGUUCGUGGGGGACUCGUUGAGCUUGAAUCAAUGGCAAUCCCUCACUUGCAUGGUUCUCACCGCGGUGCCCGAGGCCAAAUACACUUCGACAACAGUUGCUGGGCUUUCCAACUUCUCAUUCCCAGAAUACGGAGUGCAGUUGAUGUUCUUCCGAGACGCGUUCCUGGUGGACAUAGUGAGCACAAGCACCGGGCGAGCUCUCAGGCUCGACUCUCUCCAAAAUGCCAAGAUUUGGGAGGGCGUCGAUGUGUUGAUAUUCAACUCGUGGCACUGGUGGCUUCAUGUUGGGAGGAAACAACCAUGGGAUUAUAUCCAAGAAGGGAAUAAGACAUAUAAAGACAUGAAUCGCCUAGUGGCCUACGAGAAAGCACUGAACACUUGGGCGAAAUGGGUGGACUCCAGUGUCGACCCAUCGAAAACUACAGUCUUCUAUCAAGGAGUUUCCCCCGACCAUGCAAAGUACGAAUAUUUGUUGAUGCAAAUUCAUUUUAUACAACUCGUAAUUCAUCGAUCCUAUUCAAACCAAGCAGUGCAAGCGACUGGGGAGCCAAAGGCCAAUGCCUGUCUCGACCAGACACGUCCGCUUGCCGUGUCGAGAUACCCAGCCGGCCCGAGCCCCGCGGAAUUAGUAGCAGAGAAGGUGAUAAGGUCGAUGACGUACCCGGUCCGUCUGCUCAACGUCACUUAUCUCUCGCAGUUCAGAGUAGAUGGACACCCAUCAGUGUAUGGCUUCGGAGGGCACAGGAACAUGGAUUGCAGCCACUGGUGUCUUCCUGGUGUUCCCGAUACUUGGAAUUUGAUCCUUUAUCGGUCCCUAGUAGCUAACAACUUUUGA